AGUAAAACUCAGUCUAGACCCGGAAGUACUCUUUCAGUGUAGCUGGCACAACAUGGAUCUAUGGAUUUCUCUCCAUAGAAUAUAGCAUUUCCUUCCUUACUUACAAACCUAUUUAACAUUUUAAUCACACGAGUUGUCAGCUAUCCAUUUUCAUUGAACCAGCAUUAUUUGAAGCAUCACAAUGUACGCAGCAUUGAAGAAUCUUAAGGCUUUCUUGGCAUUCAGUAUUCUCUUUACUUUUUCAGUUCCCAUUUGCGCGUGGGAUACCGAUCUUGAGCUUUUUGAUCUUGUAGAAGAAAUUCCCCAAUCUUUUUACGAAUUCCUGUCGGUAGAGCAGGAUGCAUCAUCAGCAGACAUCAGAAAGGCAUAUCGCAGGCUGUCUCUUACUCUACAUCCGGACAAGAACAAAGACGAAAAUGCUGAGUUACAGUUCAGACAACUUGUGUCCAUCUACGAGGUACUUAAAGAUGAAGAGAGGAGACAGAGCUAUAAUGAUAUCCUUGUCAAUGGCCUACCAGACUGGAGACAACCAGUAUUCUACUAUAGACGAGUCAGAAAGAUGAGCAAUGGAGAGCUGGGUUUCCUGCUGUUCCUUAUCCUAACAGUGGGACAUUAUGCAGUGAUCUGGUCAAUCUACCUGGAGAAGCAGCUGGAUGAACUUCUGAGUAAGAAAAAAAAGGAGAAAAAGAAAAAGUUGAACAGCAAGAGUGUGGAUGAAUCAAAGUGUAUAGGUCAGGAUAAGGCAGAGAGAUGCCACGACAAACCUCAUUGGCAGGAUAUCUUGCCUCUUAAGUUGAGCAUCUGGCUGUAUUUGUCACUCAAGUCCCUUCCACAAGCCAUCCAGGACAUGAAACAGUAUUAUGAAGACUACAAGCAGAUGAAGAUUGAAGAGAAAGAGGAGGCUCAAGCUAUGGCGGAACAAGAGACGACACAGAAAGAGAAGCGACCCAAAGUGAAGAAACCAAAAUUUGAAUUCCCUGUGUAUGAGCCAGCUAUAAUGGACACCGGGUUCCUUCCAUCUUAUGAUCAGGGCACCUCUAUUGAAGAGAUAGAGGAUCAGAUGGAUCAUUGGCUUGAUGACAGCAAGUCCGAGAAAAAGAAGCAGACGCCCGAGUGGACAGAAGAGGACAUCAGUCUGCUGACAAGGAGUAUGGCCAAGUUCCCUGGAGGAACGCCUGGUCGCUGGGAAAAAAUUGCCCACGAACUUGGAAGAUCAGUAACAGAGGUUACAACAAAGGUCAAACAAGUUAAAGAUUGUGUUACCAAUACCUCAGGAAUGGUGAAGUUAUCUGAGCUCAAGGGAACUUGUACCACAGGAAAAGCCACCAGAGUAGUGUCUGGAACGGUACCUGACAGCCUCAUCACCCAGCGAGACAACGCAGAGGCCUUUGACCCAGAGGCCACCUCAGGGGCCACAGAGCCAUGUGACAUGGAUGAUGCGGAGGGUGCCCAGGCCCUCAGGAGGCGACCCAGAAAGACUGGGAGUGACGUGGGGGAGUCCAAGGUUAAGAAUCGCAGACAGAAGGACUUCGACCCAGCAGCAGUUGAAGACAGUGAGGAUGAGCAAAGUCCACAAACCCACCAGGCACUCAGGGAGAAAUCUGCCACAGCUGAUGAUGUGUGGACCCAGAAUCAACAGAAACUGCUAGAGUUGGCGCUUCAGCAAUACCCACGUGGCACUUCUGAACGCUGGGACAAGAUUGCCAUGGUGGUCCCUGGAAAACGAAAGGAGGAGUGUAUGAUCCGUUACAAACUUUUGGCAGAGCUUGUGCAGAAAAGGAAACAAGCCAAGAGCUAACUCUCCCAAGAUAGAUAGUUAUUUUCAUUUUGCUGUUAGACUUUCUGAUGUUCACAUCAGACCUCAGGUCUUCUACUUCCUUCAAAACUAUUGGACUUGACAGACCUGUAUACAUGAAAAUAGUUCAAUAUGCAUAUCAUAUUGAAGGACUUCCAAAUGCUUACACCAUUGUCAGCUGUCAUGUCACUGAGAGGUAGAGAGAAAGACUGGGAACCCUUUUUACUACUCAAAACAUGUAUGGUAAGAAAAUGUAUGGAAGUUGAGCAGUCAACUGAAUAUUCUCAAUAUAAGUAUUUCAAAUGUUUGGCUUCAUGGGAUUGUGGGAGAAGAAAACAUGUUUCGCACUGUAAUCCAGCAAUAGCCACCUUGCUUGAGUAAAGUAUAGAGAAGCUAGAACAUGGCAUCUAAUACUUCCCAAAACAACAUUUAAAUUAACAGCAUGACUUCUGUAAUCUUUGUAGCAAAAUCUAGGAAUCCAAACGCACAAUUGAAUAAUCUGUGCAGUGUUCAAGCGUGAAGCUGUAGUCUGAUUAUACAGUAGCAGGUGCUUGCAGUGAAACUCUAGAUAUUUUACCUGAUUAGAUGUGCUUCAGGUUUUCCCAGGUAGACUACUGAUGGCAAAGUAUGUGUAAAAAUAUGUGUUAAUGCUAUGCACCAGCAUUACAUACUUUCCUUAAGCAAGGCAGCUUUUUCAGUGUUUAUGGAUGGGUUACGCAAAAAAAGAUCUGUCAUAAAUCUCUAAAUGCAAAUGUUACACUUCCAGUAAGUGCCCAAACGGUCUAAAUGUUUAAAAUCCUUUAAUAACCCCAAAACAUGGGUGACACGGAGGGAAUAAAGGAAGUCUGGAUGUA